AUGGCUGAUAACCAAAAUCAAGUUCAGCUUCAUGAGCCAGUACCGCAGCCAAAUCAACUGAGAGCUAACCAGAACGAAGCUCCUGUCUUAGUUGGAGAUCACAUUAAUCUAAUUCCUGUACCAGUGCAACCUGCUUUGGAUGCUACUAGAGAAUGGUUUCUUUGUUUACCACCGGAAAGCAUUCAAUCAUGGAACGAUAUGGUUCAAAAAUUCACGAUGAAAUUCUUUCCACCUUCUCGAAUUCACCAAAUUAGGAAUGACGUUCACACUUUCAAGCAGAAAGAUUUAGAGAGCUAUCCUGAGGCAUGGGAGAGGUUCAAGAAUUUUUUGAGAAAAUGCCCCAACCUUGACAUUCCCAAACAGGCUCAGCAAUAUCUUUUCUACUACGGUCUAAAACAAGAGUUUAGAAAUAUGAUAGAUGCUUCAGCAGGAGGAUCAGUGAUGAAACUGGACGUGGAUGAGGCAUAUGACCUGUAUGAAAAAAUAGCUGAAAACCAAUCGAUGUGGCCAACUGAUAGGGAAGCUCCAAGAAAAACAUCAGGGUUACACAAUGUAGAUGCAGUGACAGCACUGGCCGCGCAAAUGGAAGUUCUUACAGUGAAAAUGGACAAUCUAUCUAAGUCAGUCAACAUGGUAUACCAAUCGCCACCUGUUUGUGAAGGCUGUGGAGCGAAUCAUGCUAGUACACGCUGCCCUUUGGCGUCUGUUGGAAGAACCAUCCAAAUUAUUCAUGGUCCAAUAAUCAAGGACAAGAACAGGGAGGAAGCAAUCAGAAUAAACCACCAGGAUUCCAACAGCAACAACAGCAAGGGAGAAGGCCAUCAUUGGAAGAUUUGCUGGCUCAAUAUAUUACUAAAACUGAGACCAACUUUCAAAACCAACAAGCCUCGAUCAAGAAUUUGGAACAACAAGUUGGACAAAUUGCAACCGCACUAUCAGGUAGAGCUCAAGGGACAUUGCCUAGUAAUACUGAAACAAAUUCUAAGGAGCAGGUCAAAGCAAUCACUACACGUAGUGGCACCUACCAUGGACGAGGAGCAAGUGGAUGAAUUAGACAAGGCCACUGAGGAAAAUCAAGUUGAAUCAUCAGAUAGUCCACAGGUAAAAGCAACUGCUCCUAUCAAAGCAUAUGUUCCUCCAAUCCCAUUUCCACAGAGAUUGCAAAAACAUAAGCUCAACAAGCAAUUCCAAGAAUUUUUGGAUGUGUUCAAGAAGCUGCACAUUAACAUACCAUUUGCUGAAACUUUAGCCCAAAUGCCCAGCUAUACCAAGUUCAUGAAAGACAUUCUAUCAAAUAAGAAGAAGCUGGAAGACAAUGAAACAGUCAUGCUUACUGAGGAGUGUAGCGCAAUUCUCCAACACAAAUUACCACCGAAACUAAAAGACCCAGGGAGUUUUACUAUUCCUUGUCACAUUGGUAACUUGUAUAUAGAUAAGGCAUUGUGUGAUCUAGGAGCUAGCAUUAAUUUAAUGCCUUUAUCUCUUUUUCAAAAACUAGGUUUGGGGGAAGCAAAACCAACUACAGUUUCACUGCAAUUGACUGACAGGUCGAUCAGACACCCUCGUAGUAUUUGUGAAGAUAUUUUGGUAAAAGUUGACAAGUUUAUCUUCCCAGCGGACUUCAUUAUUUUGGAUAUGGAAGAAGAUAGAGACGUUUUCCUCAUACUGGGUCGUCCAUUUUGGCUACGGGAAGAGCUCUGA